AUGGAGCGUGUCCGUAAAAUAUGCACCCUAUGCAAGAUCGAAAGGCAAUUUGAGCAUAGCACAAGACGCGAUAUCAGCUGCCCUAUCCCGCGACCCUCGCGAGGACAUACCAAUCCUCAUGCUCAGAAAGGACGAAAGAUAUUCACUCAUAACACUAUACGAACAAACACACCGCUCAAGAAGAGAAACACUCUUCGUAAGAAGAAUAGAAGUGCUGCCAUGGCAAAAGACCGUUCUGCAACACGCCAGUCAACAAAAGAAGACACAGAAGUCGCAAAAUCCGCAUGGCUACGUACAUGGCUCAACAAGCUUCCUAUCACCACAUGUCCCAAGUCUCCUACAACACCUCCAUCCAGUACCUCUCCAUCUCCCCGAAAAGCAACCAGCGUAGACCUAUCCCGCAUAAUCCCCUUCCGCCGCACAGAAGAACCACCCAAUGCCCAACCUACAAACACUCGAUCGCCCAUCACACACCGCACCCGCAUCCCCCAAGCCACAAAAUCCAGCAGCACCCCAAACCACUCCCGCCAUCUCUCCCUCUCCAAAAAGCCCAUGCACAAAAUCAACACAACCACCACUACCCCUUCCACCCCAACAAAACUCCAAAAACAAGCCCCCGCCCCGUCUCGCCCCAAAUCCACCACCACCACUACCACCACCAUCCUCCGCCCCUCCACAACCCUAGCUCCAGACUCCAACCCUAUUACAAAGCGCCCGCAAACCCACAAUCCUGAUCCGCACCCAGAACAGCCCAAAGGAUCAGUGGUGGGUGAUAGGCGGAAUAGCACUGCGUACUUGACUAUUACCGCCGCUGCAGGAGAGGAAGAAGAGGAGGAGCUGGAGAUGAGUGAGACGAGGAGGGCUUUGUGGGAGUAUUGGAAUGUGCAGUGUAGGUUUUUGGUGGAGGAGUGGAGGGAUGACUGAGUAAUUG